CCGGUGUUGCCCGGAAAGCGCUCCGCCGCGCUCGGCGGGACGAGGGCCGGGCGCGCGCAGCGGUCCUGGGAGGAGCGGAAGACGCGUGGAGCCGUGCGAGGACCCGCGGGUUGUGCAGUGCAUCUAUGAUAUGUGUUUUAGAAAUAAAAGUUAAACUUUGGUUUGAAUGAAAAAUGUCUCUCAGUACACCUAUAUUUCUCAAAGAAAGGGAAGAAGAUAAUUCAAAAUUUGUGGAAAUACAACAGUCACAAACUACAUCCAUAGCUGCAGAAUAUCCUCUUCAAAACUUAUGCUUAGCAUCUCAAGAAGUUCUUCAAAAAGCUCAGCAAAAUGGAAGAUCAAAAUGUCUCAGGUGUGGUGGUUCAAGAAUGUUCUACUGCUAUACAUGUUACGUCCCAGUUGAGAAUGUACCUAUUGAACAGAUACCACGUGUGAAGCUUCCAUUGAAGAUUGACAUCAUUAAACAUCCAAAUGAAACAGAUGGCAAAAGCACUGCUAUACAUGCAAAACUCUUAGCACCUGAAUUUGUGAAUAUUUAUACAUAUCCUUGUAUUCCAGAAUAUGAAGAAAAGGACCAUGAAGUUGCACUUGUUUUUCCUGGACCUAAGUCUGUUUCAGUAAAAGAAAUUUCUUUUCAUCUCCAAGAAAAGAUUCAAAAUAAUGUUGGAGGCAAAAAUGAUGACCUUGACAAGCCAUUCAUUAAACGCAAGAAAACUGAAGAACAGGAUUUGAAUGACAGCAAGUGCAAAGACACAACACUGAAAAAAAUUGUAUUCAUAGAUAGCACCUGGAACCAAACAAACAAAAUAUUCACUGAUGAGAGACUGCAAGGGUUGCUACAAGUUGAGUUGAAAACAAGAAAAACUUGCUUUUGGCGCCAUCAAAAAGGAAAGCCAGAUACCUUCCUUUCCACAAUUGAAGCCAUUUACUACUUUCUGGUGGCAAGAACUUGCCUUAGAAUGAAGCCAGCAAAAGAAAGCAGAGUGGAAAGAAAAAGACUGAGUCCUGAGGACAUCAUUUAAUCAUCUAAUCUAGCUGCUUGUGAAUGGAACCCUACUGUGCUGAAUAGCUUCUGUUUGCCCUCUGGAUCCACCGUCCACUCUUUCCCAUUCUGCUCUCUGCUCUGUGAGGUAGGUCCCCUUGACCACUGGCUUUUACUUGGGAUCAGCAAAUGGAAGCACCGCAGGAGAUUGGAGGUUGAAAGGAAAAUGAAACUAUUUAUUUCCCUUGCUCCUUUCCUGCCAGGUCACCAUGGGUUGGGUGUGUCCUUCUACUGAAGGUCAUCCUAUCAGGCAUCCCUUUCCCAGCAGUUAUUCCAGUUAACUUCAGGCCCAUGGUCCCUUCGUUUACCCCUUUUCACUUAUAUCGUGAUGAGUCCAGGGUAUUAAUAGCCCCAGAGUAGGUCAUUUUACCUUGCUGGUUUUCCUAAACCCUGCCUAUACCUUUGUAAAUAGUAAUUUUAUUAUAUUUUUGUCAAAUGUCCCCAUUUGAAGUUGCCCUCUUUCUGGCACACUGACUGAUAAAUUUCACCCAUGUGGGUGCUAGAAAUAACAGUACAUUUCCCAAAGUAUACUCAGUGGGACACAUGUUUUUAUGAAUAUAUUAGUUAUUGGUAAAAUUUGUUUGCUGCACCUUAUAUUCCCGUUAGAGAUUCAAAAGGCAAAAAAUGAAAGUGCUGAGAAGUCCUGAAAUAAACAUUUUGAACUUUAUUUAAGUUAGUAUUUCUUAAACUUAUUUGAAUAAGUAAUGCCUGCUAACAUACUGUGGAAAUAGAACAUUUGAAACAUUGUAAUUUAGAGCAGUCCCUGAUUAAUAUAUAUGUGGCAAUUGAGGCCUAAAGAGAUUAAGUAACUUGCCUAUAAGGUCACAAAACUAAUUAGUGGUAGAACCUUAUCUAGAAUCUAGGACUUCUGAUUUGGUUCAGUGAGGUCACCAUUUUAUUACGCUAUUCAUUAAAAGGAAAUGGAUUAUAUAAGGUUUGAACAUUAUUAGUCCCAUACUCUUAGCCAAAUAAACUAGCUGAUUUGCCUAUUAGUUAAUAGGCAAUAACUGGCUAGCAGUUAUUUUUAAAGAAUGGAAUUAAAAUGGAUUUCUUCAUGUUUAGAACUUGACCUUGGGAACAGAAGAAGGCCUGAAUUGAUUUAAGCAGGGCCAAAGUUGGAUUUCUCUGGGCUAAAUUUGAACUUUCCUGAGCCAAACUCUAUUGCCAUUUAACUGGCUCUCCAAACGAACAAAAUAUAAUUGUUAAAAGGGAGGGGGGAAAUAAAGAACUCAUUUGCCCCUAUCUUACAGCUGUCUUAAGAAAGAUGACCCAUAUAUUCCAUAAGAACCUAAUUUAUAACUAAGGCCAGAAAAAUCUUAAGUUUUUCCCCCCAAGUAAUAAUAAUACCUGUUUGAACAAUGAAUUGUCUGUACUUGUCUUGUUUUUCUUUUGUAUGAAAGACUGUAAAAAUGACACUAGUUUUUUACUCCUCCCUGUAUUCUUUUUUUCAUGUGCCUUUGAAGUACGUUCUCAAGUACUUUCUGGGCCAUACGUAUUUCCAAACAUCUGGUAUAUUGCCAUUUACUCUUGUGCUACUGCUGGCACCAUAAACACAUACAUGUCUGGGUUAGCCUCCUUGAGGGUGAGACAUGCAUGAAGCAGAGCCAGGUUACCCUGGUCACCCUAGCUGAAUCCUGUCUUCGAUUGGCUGAUAGCCAGUUAAACCCCAGGUAUGUGAACCAUCCCAGCCAAGAUCAGCAGAAGCACCUAACUGACACCUAUCUGAUUCUAGAUUUGUGAGCAAGGGAUGUCCAUUGUUAUGCCUCUGAAGCCUUAUAGCUAUUAUUAUACAGCAUUAUUGUGCCCAUAUAUAUCUCAUCUUUGGAUAUAGUAUCAGACACACCUUCCUCAAGUGCCUUCUCACAUUCUUGGCUCCACUAUUUCCUAGGCCACCAACCACUUUGCCAUAGCUACCACCCUACAUAGUGACACACUAUUAGCAGGCUGCAGUGAUUCUUCUGCCUGAGGUCAACUAGCCAUGUGCUCAGAAUCUCUGGCCCAUCCCAAUGCUUUUGGACUCAAGGAAGCAUCAUGCCACAGGGUUUCCCCAGUGAUUGUCAAAAGGGCUAGAUGAUACAAUCUGGAAGAGCAGUGAAGUUAACUGUCUGGAAAACUUGAAUCAGUGGACUAGAAGAAGCCAUUGGACCAAUUCUGCUUCCUUCUCAUGGACUAUUUUGAGGCAUAGUUUUUCACCCUCCUGCCCAGAGAUGUACCAUGUAGCUAAACAACUGUACUUGCCAAAUUAUCAGCAGUAUCUCUACAUGGCUUUUCAUGAAACAGAAAUCAAACGCUAUACAGUAAUUUAUCAAUUUGCAUUUACUCCCAAUCUCUGCUAGCCUUACUUCCUUACUCUCUCCAGCCUGGAUUGCCUCUUCUAAUAAAGUAAUAGAUUUAAUUUUUGCCUGAGGCUCUCUUUUCUAGAGAAGCCAGGUCGUUUAUUCUGCAUUUGGUGAGGAAAGCAGAAUCAUUGAAGUAUUACAUGAAUGAAGAGGUUUAAUAAAGGAAUUGGGGUUCACCCAAAUAUGGGAGUUGCUGGGGAAAUAAAGGUCUGGAAGACCAGCAGAAGAGGAUUAGAGAAACAUUCACUGACUAGUUCGGCCUGAGAUGCUCAAAGUACUCAUGGCUUAGUUUGUAGAAAUGUAUAUGUAUUGAACAUAUUGCUUUUCUAAUUUCCUUUAUCUUUCUGGUAGCCCUUUGAUUCAGCUGAAAGGCAUCUCUUUAAUUCCUUCAGAGGUUGUACAAAAUAAGUGUAUAGUUAGAUCUUACUUGGUCUUUUACUAGAGGCCAUGAUAAUGGCAAUACCCUGGAUUUGUUCUUUUUCCUAAGGUUAUAUUUAAUGAUCAAACAUUUGAUUUGGUGAAAAACAAUUUCAUUUUCCAGUCUAGGCUCCAUAUUCCCUCUCAAUAA